UUCAUCUAUCGACAGGCCCGAGAGUGAAAGGGUUAAUGAAACUGGAAGUCCAGCCCCCUCCCUGCUCUCUCUUUUUGUCUCUCUCUUUGUCUGGACGCAUCAGUCUCAGAAGCAAAGUUCCUACUAACCCUUGAUAAUUUGCUGUUUAUCACCAAAUUAUGCCACAUAAUCGUCCUGUCUGUGUCGGCAGAGUUUGAAUAUAUAAAUGCCACACUUUCCAGCUUGGAGAAGAAGAAGAAGCGAAGACUAGCAUAUCAAAACGAUGGAAAGUUGUUGACCUCACUGGAGCUGGUCUGACUGAAGGCUUUGGGAUUGAUAAGAUGCGUUCCAGUUCCAGUGUGGACGGACCGCCAAGCGCCAUUGGUAGGGGAGGCACUGGCAGCAACAACAGCAACAACAACAACAACAACAACAACAACAGCAGCAGCAGUGAAAACAGUGGAAAUUCAGGUUCCCAGUAUGCACUAUGUGCUUUGGGGGUCGGGCUUGUUGCCCUUGGCAUCGUGAUGAUCGUGUGGAGCGUGGUACCUGCAGACGCGGCCGGUAAUAGCAGCAGCAGUUCAGGAGGAGAUGGUGAAACUAGUGGCAGGAAACAUAAAGCGUCUUCUGUGGCCUUUGUCUUGGUGGGGUCUGGGGUGGUCAUGCUGCUGCUGUCCCUGUGUCUGGGAAUGAGGAACAAACAGCGAGAGCAGCAGAGGCUCCAACAGGCCCAGGACCACAGAGUAGUGGCAGCGAGGGAGCAGGAGCAAAGAGAAACUGCUGAGGAACAAGCCCACCGUUAUGCUGUACCCAGCUAUGAAGAGGUAGUAGGCAGUGGCCAGUACCCUGUCCGUCAGAGCAAUCCUCGCCCAAGCACCUCCCAGCUACCUUCCUAUGAUGAACUUGUCCAAGUUGAUGGUGUACAGUAUGAAUUUGAAGGGUCAGAGGCCACAAUUACCGGAUCACAGCCUGCUCCAGCUUCCAUUGCUUCUGCUGCUCCCGCUGCUGCUGCUUCCACAUCAAAUCGCAGAGCUGGGAAAAAUAGCCGUAAACUCCUCCCUAUCAAGAUCCGCCGGAUAAAAUCAGAGAAGCUGCACAUGAAAAACAUUGAUAACGCUCAGGAAGCACCUGGAUUCAGUAUAGAACCACUUACCCCUCCGCCGCAGUAUGAAGAUAAAGUGCCUCCGCUUUAAGAUCAAGCUGAUCUUGUUUACAACAGUCUACAGAAAUUCCUUUGAAUCAUCCAUGAUCUCGUUUUGUGGAUCUGUGUUUUUAAACCAAGAUUUGAAGAUUGCUCUACUUGCACCUUUUUUAUACAGUAUCCGUUCAUACUCCGUAUAAUUCAUCAUUAGUGCCACAUUGAUCCAAAGCACGGAACACAGAAACAUUUAAAGUGCUCAUAUUAUUCAAAUUUUCAGGUUCAUAAUUGUAUUUAGAGAUUAUAUCAGAAU